AUGUUUUUAUCACCAGGAGUUGUUGCAAAAAUAAAAUAUAUUGAUGAAGAUUGUAGUGAAAUUAGGGACGAUGUAUCAUCUAAAAAUCAUUUAAAAAAUUCUGAUAAUGACAUAUAUAAUAAUAAAUUAAAAAAAUUAUAUGUUAUUUUUAAAGAUUAUGAAAAAACUGGUUUUGAUGAAAUUGAUGUAGAAGAUGUUAAGAAAGCUUUGAUGGAUCCAAAUUUUACAAAUAUUUUGGUAAAUGGUUUUAGUAUUACAGCUCCAAGUAUGCUUAUGGAAAGAGUCGUAAAAAGUAAGAAACCAUUAACUUUCGAUGAAUUUUCUGAAAUUGUUAUAAAAUCAAGAAGAUUAAGUUAUGAUAUUGCACAAUAUAAACAUCUUCAAGAUUUCAAUGAUGAUGAAAAAAUCUUUAAAAAAUAUUAUCAAUAUGAUAAACAAAUUUAUGAUGAAAAUAUAAAUUAUAAGGAAAUAAUUAGUUCAUGUAUUUUUUUACUUAUUUAUACAAUACUUAUGAUAUUAUCUUUUGAUAUUGAUAAAUAUACAAAAUAUAAAUAUAUCACUAAUUAUGGAGAAUUACAAUAUUAUAAUAUUUCACCAUCUAUGUUUUUAACAUAUAUUUUUAUUCAUAAAUCAAGAAAAAGCUUGCUUUUCAAUUUAAUUCAUUUUUCAUGUGUUUUCAUGACACUUCAAUAUUACUUCAAGACUGAAAUAAAAUAUAUUAUUGUUGUUAUCACAUCAUCAGUAGCAUAUGGUGCCAUCAUACAUUUAUUUGAAGAAACAAAUUUAUAUGGAUCUAUAAAUUGUAUUAUUGCUUUAGUAUCAUUAUUAUUUGUUAAUAUAAUUUUUGGUAAAAAAAAGAAUGAAACAUCAAUUAUUCCAAUAAUAUUAUGUAUUAUUUAUAUAUUGCCAAUAUUAUUUUAUCCAUCAGCCUCAUCUGUUGGAGGAUUAAUGGGUGGAUUUUGUUCAAGUAUAUUUAUAGUAUUAAAAAAAAAUAUAAUUAAUAUUCCAUGUAAUAUAAAUGUAUGUCAUGUAUAA